CUUCCGCCCCUUUUAUUUGCGCCAUUUUGGAUCGGGCAGUUUCCAGGCUGGAUGUGUGUAUUGUCUGUCAGGGAGAAGAAUGGGCUCAACGCUGUCGGCCGCCCGGCGAUCAUAGGCAGACCCGAGGCUGUCUGUCGGAGGAGUAGCUGUUCCCGACGGUAGGACAUGUGUCUGCCUCCUCCACCCCGGGGACCGCACGCUGUGGCUCUCUGAUGCGGCUCGGAGGCUUUCUGUUCCCCGUUCGCCGACCAGAGGGACGAGGGUAGUUCGGCCAGCGAGAGUCCGGUUCGGAGGGUCGAGCGACGUCCCGGGGAGGCUCGUCGUCUCCUCUGUCCUCACCUGAGCGGACACCACCGGGGGAGCGUACACACUCCGGCUCUGACACAUUUCCCUGGAUGUGAAAGCAGGUGGGCAGAAUGUUCCAGCUCCCUGUCAAUAACCUGAGCAGUCUGCGGAAAGCGAGGAAAAAUGUCAAGAGGGUACUGGGAGACAUCGGCUUGGAGUUCUGUAGGGAUCACAUAGAGGACUACAAAGACUUUAUUCCUCCAGAGGUGUACAUAAAGCACACUUCCUGGGAAGAUGUGUGCAUGUGGGAACCAUCACAUACCAAACUCCAGGACUACAGAUCCAAGCCCUUCUGCUGCACUGGCUGCCUCUUUUCCUCCAAGUACUUCUCUGCAUACAAGAGCCAUUUCCGCAACGUCCACAGCGAGGACUUUGAGAACAACAUUCUGCUCAACUGCCCCUACUGCACUUACAAUGGCAACAAAAAGACUCUGGAAACACACAUCAAGCUGUUCCACAUGCCCAACAGCACUGUGCGGCAAGGCCCCGGUGGGAUGGUGGCGGGUGCCGGCGGGCUCAUGAUGAAGGACGGGGUGCUGAAACGGACCGGGGACAGCGUGGAACAGGCGGUGUACUACUGCAAGAAGUGCACCUACAGGGACCCUUUGUACAAUGUGGUGCGAAAGCACAUCUACCGGGAACACUUCCAGCAAGUGGCCCAGCCCUAUAUUGUGAAACCAGGGGAGAAGACUCAGAACGGUGGCUCAGCCGGAGCCACAGAGAGCAAUAACACAAACAAUGUGAACAGUAACCAGAUUCACUGCAAGAAGUGUCUGUUUGUCCCAAGGACGUACGAGGCACUGGUCCAACACGUCAUAGAGGACCACGAGAGGAUCGGCUACCAGGUGACAGCCAUGAUCGGGCACACCAGCGUGAUAGUACCCCGUCCCAAACCCAUCAUCAUGACCCCCAAAACCCAGGGGGACAAGACCAUCAUCGGGAUGGGCCCUAAAGGCGCGGUAAUGGCCACGACCAGGUCUCCCGGCUCACAGCAGCUGGGUCGGGUUAUCGUCUCCUCAAAGACGGGGUUCAACGCUCAAAGCUUCCUGUCCGGGAUGAAACACGACGGAGUACGGUUAAAGGCCGGCACCACCCAGUCGUUCUCUAUUGGGGGCCAGCAGGUGAGGGUUACUUUACCUGGAAACGCCCAGGUUUCUGUGCCCCAGCAUUCACACGCAGCAAAGCAGCUUAUUUCCGGGGGCAGCCUGCGGAGUCAAGUUGUGGUCAACGCCUCCUCUUCACUUAAAUCCAACCCUCUGGGGUCGCGUGUCCAGGCGGCAGCCACCACUGUCGCCUCCGUCACGGCCAAAAAAGGCUCCUCAGUCCUCGGCACAUCCUACACCCAGAAGUGGAAGAUCUGCACCAUCUGCAACGAGCUCUUCCCGGAGAACGUGUACAGCGCCCACUUUGAGAAGGAGCAUAAAGCGGAGAAGGUGCCCGCCGUCGCCAACUACAUCAUGAAGAUCCACAACUUCACCAGCAAGUGUCUGUACUGCAACCGCUAUCUCCCCAGCGACACGCUGCUGAACCACAUGCUGAUCCACGGCCUGUCUUGCCCACACUGCCGGGCCACCUUCAAUGACGUUGAGAAGAUGGUGGCCCACAUGCGGCUGUCUCACCCGGACGAGAGUGUCGGCCCGCGCACAGAUUCUCCCUUGACAUUUGACCUCACUCUGCAGCAGGGCAAUCCCAAGAAUGUUCAGUUGAUCGUCACGACGUACAACAUGAGGGACGCGCCGGAGGAGUCGGUGGCGUUUCACGCUCAGAACAACAACACCUCCGCGUCAUCAGCCUUGAAUGCCUCCCUCAUAUCAGGCAAGAGGCUAGUGCCGCAGCAUCCGCCUAAAACGCCCUCGGGGGCUGCUGACGGUGCGACAGCCAAGAACGCUCCACAGGCGUCUGUGCCCUACAAGAGGGACGUGGGCAAGACGCUGUGUCCUCUUUGCUUCUCUAUUCUCAAGGGCCCAAUCUCAGACUCACUGGCCCACCACCUGAGAGAGAGGCACCAGGUGAUACAGACGGUCCACCCUGUAGAAAAGAAACUGACCUACAAGUGCAUUCACUGCUUGGGGGUUUACACGAGUAACAUGACGGCCUCCACCAUCACACUACACUUGGUGCACUGUCGAGGUGUGGGGAAAUCCCAAAACGGGCAGGACAGCCGGGCGACUCAUUCUCCUCGGGUCGGCCAGGCCCAGAGCGGUGCUCUCAAACGGGCCAGCUUCGAUAGCUCUGACACUAGUGCACCGAAACGAAGGAGGCCGCCCGGGGAAAGGGCCAACCCGCGGGAUAUCAACGGUCCAUCGGCGUUCAUAGAGAAUCCUGAUGAGCCCGUAGUUCUGGCUCUCGACCCCAAAGGACAGGAGAACGAGUCGUACGAGUCGAGGAAGGCGUUUCUAACACAGUAUUUCAAUCAGGCGCCGUAUCCCACUCGGCGGGAGGUAGAGAAGCUGGCCGCUAGUCUGUGGCUGUGGAAGUCGGACAUCUCCAGCCACUUUGGCAACAAGAGGAGAAAAUGCGUGCAGGAAUGCGAAACCCAGAACGCCAGCGUGUUGCUCGGGUUCAGCAUGCACGAGCUUAGCAAAGUGAGUCACGAGCUGGCGUUUGUCCCUGACGGCGCGUACGAGGGCCGACACGGCAAGAGGCGGACAUCCAGGACGCACAUAGGCGUGUCAGAGCAGGCGCUCCGGAAACACAGGGAGCUCGUGGCUGCCAAUGGUGGCGUGGCGCCGCCACUGAGGGGAAAGCCAAGGGGGACUAUGGUAGGUACUAAAGCACCGCCAUCCACCCCAAAACACAACAGUGCCAGCGAAGACCAAACCAAGACAAUCAACAGCACCUUACCACAGAAAAUACCUCUAGACCUUUCAGAGCCCAUCGCCAUUGACUCUGACAGUGAUGAGGAAGAGCAGCCGAAGGAUUACGAGGAACGAGAGGGAGAGGGAGAGGGAGAGGUACAUCUCCAUGGCAACCAACUGCUUACUGGAGCCAAGGAGGGAAUGGAGCUGGAGACAGAGCCUAAGAUCGUUUCAAAUCUACAGGAUACGUCUGACGAUGACGACGACGAGGAUGACGACGACGACGAGGAUGAAGACGAAGAGGCACAUGUGGAGAAUGGCUUUGGGCCAACAGAGGGUCCAGGAAUGCAGACUGCUAAAGCAAGAGACGCUCAUCCCAUCAUUAUUCCCAAAUUCGUACCGUCGUCUGCAAGAAGCAGGAGAGACGGGGCCCAGCUGGGCAAGCAGCAGGUCUAACUGAUAGAAACCCAAAAGACUCAAACAGUCCGAGAGACGCUUUAGAUUUGAUCCACGCCAACAAAUCUGCCUCGCCUGAACCGAAGGACACGGCCCAGUUCCAUUGGGUAUCUGCGGAAGAGGGAGCGAUACGGAGAGAACUCAAAAACAAGCCAUCCAGUGACUUCUAAAGGCAGGACUCAACGAGCAGCUAGGAUCCAUGUAAAGAUUUGUGAACAAAGUUUUAAUGUUUCCUCCCCCGAAUGGGAGGACGACAGAGAAGUCACACCAAACAAUACAAAACACUUUUUUUUUUUUUUUUUUUUGCCUUCUGUAUACUUUAUUACAUUGAGAUAAGGAGUUAUUACUGUUGAUUUAGCCACUGAACUUGUGAAUGUGGUUUAAAAUAUUGAGUUGUCGUGAGGUAAAGCUUUUUAAGCUGACCAGAUAAUCCACCAUUUUUCAUGUAGUUAUAUCCGACAUGGGUAGUGUAAAUUUGUACAGUCUUUUAGACAUGUUUGGACAGACGUUGCCGUACAUGUACCCUUAAAUAUUUGCUAUUACCUGUAUGUAAGGUAGCCUCAUAUGUUCUACAUCGGUAUGCUUAACGAUAGUUGUCGCUUUGGUGGCUGGUAUUUUCUCGUACGUUUAAGUUUAUUUUUUAACGAAAACCUAGUUUUUUUGCAAAAUAAUAUAUCUAUAUAUAAAUGAAAUAACAGAAUUGAUUUUGUUUUUUGCUUUAAACUUGAUUUAGAUUUUAUUUUUUUAAUUUCCUCUUCUUUUUUUUUUUUUUUUUUUUUAUGAUUUCUGUUCUGAAAGAAUAGUGGUGCCGAUUCGUUCUUAUUCUUUUUCAGUUUUAAAGGAGCAUUUCAUCAACCCUUUGCAGCCUUUAUGCUCAUUAGCCUUUACUCUACUUGCUUUCUGUUUUCACAGUUUUUAACUUGAUGAUGUUUCUUUGCCCCCACAAGACUGGACAGUAACCACCACACUGACAUCCACAAAAGUGAAAGCAUUUCUUUUUUCUUUUUUUUUUUUUUUUUUUUUUUUUUUUUUUUUUUCAAAAAAGAGAGAGUUCAAUUUGUGUUCUUUGAAUUGUGUGUAUUUGUUUUAUGUUUUCAUUUUCCACUUAAGCAUUUAUGAACAAUAAAGUGCUGUAAUUGUGCUUC